GAUGAGUUUAUCAUUAGGCAAAUGCAAGUAUAACAAUACCUGCACCUGCCAGAGAUUUAGAGCAAAACCUGAUGAUGAAUUAAUUUGUCUUUAUUGUUCUCAUUAUGAUGGUUAUCAUGAAACUAACAAUGCUGUUGCAAGCAUAAAUUUUAUUUCAAAUUCAACAAGUUCAACUACUACUAGAUAUAAAACUCCAAGGGAAGAGAUAAUAAAUAAUUUUCGUCCCAAGAAAAAAUCAACUUCUACAACACCAUUAACUGUAGAAACAACAGAAAAUACAACAAUGCUUGAUCCAAGUAGUCAAAAUGAGGAAACUAAUCCAGGUAAUUUAGAUAUUAGUUAUAUUUAA